ACUGGUUGACAAGUUUCUUGAAGAGCAUGCUUCGGUUGAAUGAUCAGCAAGUGUUGUCUAAUUUACGUAGUAAAGUCAUGACCUCAAACAUCGCGAUAGUAAUCGGUACCCUCUUCAGGGGAUGAUCGUUCAGAUUUGCGAUAAACCCUGUUGAAAUGUCACGUCAAAUAGCCUCAACGGUUACCGAAUGAAUACGGCUGAUUGCCCUGCGAGGUACUAUAGUGGGUGCAGUUUAAAAUGUAUUAGUGGUUCAGGUGCGAUGGAAGGUUUAACUGGAAAAAGGCGAAACGAUGGUGUGUCGAUGGAUUUAAACUGACAUGCCUGAAAGUAACUAGCAGGAAAAAACGUGAACCGGGGUGUAAAAAGGUUAAUUCGAACCCUAAAACUUUCCAAUCCGUCCCCGGGGUUCGCGGAGAGUAUUUUUUUCUGCUUCUUCUUCUGAAAGCAAAGUUUUUCAAGGCGUUUUACCACCCAUUGCCUUUGUCACAUUUGUAAGAACAUUCGCCCAUAUUAACGUGCGGAUUUUUCGCAAAAAAAAAAACAAAAAAAAGCGACACCACGAAUUGACGUGUUUAAGUUAAACCCGAAGCAUGUCGACUGCGAUGAAAAUUUUCACCCAUUGUUGUUUUUGUUCUACCGUUUCAUAAUCGUGGGCUGUGUUUGUCACGCUCAAUAGUGAAGUGAGUAUGUAUUGCAAACGAUCGGUAUUCGGAAAACGAUAUCGCCAAUGUCUCAACCUUCGAGUGAUCCUCCCCUUCAAGAUGACUUCGAUCCUAUUUUUCUUCGUCGUUUUCUGCGGUGGAGAGGUCUUCGGUUCGAGAAGAUUCUGGACGGAUUUUCUUGAGGAGUGGCCAACACCAGGAACCGGACCGUACUUUGACACAACGGUUCAAUCCAACGUAACAGGCCUCGUUGGAAAGACGGUACACCUUGUCUGCAAGGUGAAGAACCUCGGCAAUCGAACGGUGUCUUGGGUUCGCCAUAGAGACAUCCAUCUUCUGACCGUUGGUCGAUAUACCUAUACGAGUGAUCAGCGAUUCGAGGCACUACAUUCCCCUCACUCGGAGGAGUGGACACUCCGGAUUCGAUAUCCCCAACGCAAGGAUUCCGGACUCUACGAGUGCCAGAUAUCGACAACGCCGCCGAUGGGUCAUCCGGUUUAUCUUUCCGUCGUCGAGCCAAUCACCGAGAUUGUCGGAGGACCUGAUCUCUUUAUAAAUAAAGGAAGCACCAUUAACCUCACGUGCCACGUUAAAUUUGCCCCAGAGCCACCGCCAACUAUGAUUUGGAGCCACAAUCGUGAGGCCAUCAACUUCGACUCGCCGAGGGGAGGAAUCAGCCUGGUGACUGAAAAGGGCCCCGUGACCUCCAGUCGACUUCUCAUACAAAAAGCUAUCCUCAAUGACUCUGGUCUCUACACGUGUGCCCCUGGCAAUGCAAACCCAACUAACGUGCGGGUCCACAUUCUGAACGAAGAACACCCAGCUGCAAUGCAUCAUGGUAGUGGUGACAAAAUGGCGGCCACUCUACUUCCCGUCGUCGCGUUUCUAUGGGUAAUAUUUUAGGAUCCAUCUGCAGGGAUGUUACUUGACGAAAUAUCACAUCAAGCUUGUCCGUUUUGUGUCGACGAAAUUUAUAAGCUCCGAGGAACGAUUUUCUGAUCCUUGACUUCCGUUUGAAGGGGUGCUACGUGAGUUUUUGUUUCUUUCUUUAUCUUUUACGUGCAAUAUUGAAUGGAAGAACAGAAACUCAAAAU